CUCUCUCUCUCUGACUCUGCGCUCUGUCUCCCUUCGGCCUAUAUACCAAAAGCAUAUGCGCUCGCUUGCUACACCAAAGCAAGCGGUGCGGCAAUCCUUUUAUUCGAAAGUUGUCUUUUUGGUCGUCUCUUCCUUCUCUCCCCCCUUGCAAGAUGAGCUCGUGAAACCAAAAAGUAAUUCUUUUUAAUCAGACACUGUUGAAGAAACCACAUGGUAGAAGGGAUGGAUGUUUUCCCUCGGAACACAUAUUCUAUUGUUCUGUUGAUGAUGCCUGAGAGGGGAGAUUUUUGCCGACAUCCGACUACAAAAUGGGCCCAAAGAUCUGACAAGGUGUAUAUAAUCAUUGAACUGCCAGAUGCCAAGGAUGUGAAGUUCACAUUACAGCCGGAUGGUCGUUUCUACUUCUCUGCAACCAGUGGAGCAGAAAACAUUCCAUAUGAACUCGAUUUUGAGUUGUUUGACAAGGUUAAUGUUGAUGAGAGUAAAGCUGCCGUUGGGCUUAGGACUAUAUGCUACCUCGUCAAAAAAGCCGAGAAGAAGUGGUGGAGUCGGCUGUUGAAGACGGCAGGGAAGCCUCCGGUCUAUUUGAAAGUUGAUUGGGACAAAUGGAUCGAUGAAGAUGAAGACGACGAGAAGGAAAAGAAAUUUGGAGGCAUGGACUUUGAUGACAUGGAUUUCUCGAAACUGGAUAUGAAUGGCGCCGACGAUGAGCCUGAUGAUGCAGAUGAAGAUGAUGCAGAUAUGGAAGGGGCUGAGGCCAAGGCAGAAGAUGGUGGUGGAAAGGUGGAGAAUGCCCAUGUUGCAUCUACAAGUGAACCUUAGGCCAAAGCAUGACGACCUCUGCUUUUGUAGGACUUCUCAAUGCGUCUUGUUAACAUAUUCGACGAGCUAGGUUUUUGUUUAGGUCAUGUCUGUUUGUCGGUACUUCUCCUUAAAG